CUUCUGUCUUUAAAUUUACAAUUUAUAAACUGUCGGUGGAUUUGCUUAGUUUCAAUUCUUUUGAUUUACUCUUUCCUCUAGUCAGUUUGAUUUUUUUAGGUCAGUGUUUCCAUCGGAAUAUAUUAUUGCAUCGAUCUUUGUUUUUGCGUACUUGGAUUCAAUACUUUUUUUGGAUGGUUUAAUCUAAAGAUUUUUCUCCACUAAAUGAUUUAGUUUUAUAGUUCUAAUCGUUGACUUCAUUUUUUUCUUUCGCAUACAGUUUUGUUGGUUGUUCUUUUGUCCAUUCUAGGGAGGGUCUUGAGUUGUGUCUGGAUUCACUUGCCUAGUUGCGUCUAUUAGGGUUUAUCUAGAGAUACUUUGUGUGUUAGGUGAAGUUAGCUUGAAAAAGGUAGUACAAGUGAAGAAGUUUCGGAUAUUUAUUACCACUCUCUCCACCCCGAACUAUGUCUGGAAACCAAGAGCCUCGGAUCAGACCACCUACUUGGAGUUGCAGUGAUGUUCCAAUUAAGAAGAGGAAGUACUUAGUGCAGCCCGCUAUGGAAGAAGCUGCUGAUACUACUACUACUAUUAGUGGUGCUUUGGAUUCAUCUCUUGCUGAUCAAAAUCAGAUAAUGAUUGGUGGUUCAUCCAAGACAAAUAUUGGAGAACCAGCAUCUUCGUUACAACAAUCUGUUUCUGUUGGAAUUGCUGGUAAUGCGAAGAGCAUUGGCAACAUAGUUUUUGACCAAAGUAGAGUGAAAGUUGAGAGGCCAAAUUCUCCAAUUCGUUCCAGUCCUUUGGCAGGCUUUGAUAUCCCUUCCAACAGUUCUAACAUUCUUGGCAGUUCGCUCCAUUGUUCUCUCGGAACGCUUCCUGUUGUUACCUCAGAUCAAACUGGGAUUAAAGUAGGAAAAACUGUUCUUACGACUCAUGACAAUGUCAUGGAGACAGGUGACAAGGAAACUCUUAGAGGAGAGUGUCAAACAGAAUCAUCUUCUGGUGCUAAUACUGUUUCCUUACGGCUAGGUUGUAAUACUAAAAACAGUUCUCUGUAUAGGGAGAAUGAAGAGGCUACAGCACUGAAUUUGUCAUUAAGCAAGGGAGUAGUUUCUGCCCUUCAUAACACAGAUUCUAUUUCUGUUUGUACCACCAAGUCUGGCAAUCAAAGUGGUGUGAGCAGAUCAAACUGGGAUUUGAAUACUACCAUGGAUGCUUGGGAAGAGUCUCUAGAUCGCUCGAAUAGAGUUAAGACAACUGCUGCAUUCUUAAACAGUAACAGAAGCCUUCAUGACAUAGAGACAUCAAGUUGUCGUGAUACGACUGUUAUUGCAAAGCCGGUUUCUGAUAAACAGAAGGAAAUUGUAGGGUUUAGAUCUCCUGUGAAGACUUUAAUGAAGUUUGAUCAUCAGGUUAAUCCCACAUGUUCACUUAGUCUAGGCCUCAGUUCAUACCCUCCUCUUGAAAAAUUACCUUCUGUAUCAGCUACCACAUCAGAGGCAAGAGCUGCUUGUACAAGUUUAGUCAGACCAACAAUGACUGCUGGAAAUGUGAACUCGGUAAACCUUAGGACCGUGAAGUCAGAAUUUAUUGAAGAGAGUCUUAGGCAGGACACUAAGAGCGCUCAAGUUUGCCCAAUCGGGUUAUCUAAUAAAGGAGUGAAACAGGAGAUUGUUGGUAGACUCGGUCAAGGAAAUAGUCCCUCAUCUGUCAUUUUGAAGCCAGUGGUUCCUAUAUCAGUUAAGGCUGAGCCAAAAACCUUCACCCAAUCGGAAGUUUUUAAUAGGAAAGAUGGAACGUUAAAUCAUUCCUAUAUACCAAUAAUGCAAUCAUGUGAGGUCCCUGAUUUACCUACAAGUUCUACGCCAUAUCAGAAGGAUAAAUAUAUACCUUGUUCUAAUAGUAUCAGCAAUGAACCAAUGUCCUUGAAUGGAAUGGCAAUAAUUCCAUGCGUUCAGAGUUAUCCUGACUGUACACUAAAAGAAAAUUCAGGGCAGAACAGCAGUGCAGCUAAUGGUAAGUUAUGCGAAGUGCUGAAACAUGGUGUAGUUCACACGACCAGUUCAAGUUCUGGUCAUGGAGAUCAUAACCUCAAUGCUUCAGGUGUAAAUGUUACAUCAUUGACUGAAGAGAAAUUUCUAGAUGAUUGCAAGACCUGUAUAUCUAAAGAACUCCCUCGUAAUUCUCGUGGAACUGAUGAACAUUCUGAUGAAGAAAAGAUUAUUUCAUCUGGUAAAAAGCUAGAGGAACAGUUAUACAGUUAUGGGUUUGAAUCAGAUUGUGGUCAUGAUCUAUCUAGAGUAGUAGAGAAGCAAGUUGGGAAAAGGAAUUUGUACGAUGACAGGGAGGUCCAAGGACCAGCUGCCUUUUUCAGGGAAGGUAAUGAGAUUUCACAUGCCGAGUGUGGUGGUUCUGAGACUGAACAAAGGAACAUUAAUGUUCCAUACCAUGGCGGCUUUCAAAAUUCUAGCCAUGUGGAAGAGAAAGAGACUCAACCUGCAGUUCUUGGUAAUACAGGUAAUAAACAUAUUAAAGGAUGCUCUACCUCAUCAUCUAUAAAUAAAUUUAAGAAAUAUGCUGCUGAUGAGUCAUGUUUGAAAUUAGUUGAAAUGGCAAGCACUGAAGUUCAUACUAAGAGACAUACUCCAGAACUUCAAAGUAGAGUAUUUGAUGGAUCAGGUGAAAACGAAGGUCGGAUAGUUCAGGAUGGUGAAGGAAUGUCUGGUCUCUCUACAGUGUCAGGCGGGAUUGAAAACCCUGAAAUAGUAGAUAACAGCAGUCCAGUUUCAUACAAGGCAGAAUUAUCUACUGUUGACAACGAUCUUCCUGCAGAGUGCAGUGAUGGUAGCCAGAGUCGGAUUAUAAACUUAGCUCAGGUUUCUAAUAAAUCUCCAAAUAAGGCACUAGAUGCUUCAGGCAGCUUUGCGCCACUCCGAAUGGAAAGAGUUCGAUUUCCUAAUUUCCCACUUGAACAGCGGAAAUAUCUUAUGAGAGGGAGUGAUGAAUCCUACAAAUUCUCGCGUGAGAGGUACCAUGGCAAAUUUAUGAGAAGCCCAAGGUUAAAUUUCAUGCCUGACAGAAGGAGAUUACCUGAUAACACAGAAAGCAAUCUGCAUGACCAGGACACAAAAAAUUUUGAGUUUGAUAAUCAUGGAAACACUCGUCGGGGUGGUGGCUUUAGGGGUAGUUUUCAGAGAGGAAGACGGUCUGCGAAUGAUGAAGUAGGACCUUAUUCUCACUCCUUUCCUAGAAGGACCCAAAACUUUUCAUAUAAUAGAGGACCAACAAAUAAAGAGGAUGCAUCUGCAUAUCACGGAUUUAGUAGAGAUGGUGAAAAAUUGACAAGGGGAUUACAAUGCAACAACAACACAGAACCAAUGUUUAUGAAUCCCCUACGUCCGUAUCAAGGCCGGAAUGGUUGUUUUGCUCGAGGACAAACAAAGUUUUCAAAUAACCCCAAACGAGAUUUUCCUGGAUUUCGUUCACGGUCUCCAGUUAGAUCAAGAGAACGAUCAGAUGGUCCAUCCUCGUCUUUCAGGAACAGAUCACAGGAAGACUUCAGUGGGCAUAAUACAGACUUUUCUCAUAGGAGAUCACCCUCAGGUUAUAAAAUGGAGAGGAUGAGCUCGCCUGACCAUUCUGGUUAUUCAAGGGAAAGGGUUGUGAGAAGACACAAUUCUCCACCUUUCUCACAUAGACCAUCAAAUGCUGGAAGAGGCCGUGGUUAUGCAAGGGGCCGAGGUUAUGUAAGGGGUCGAGGUUAUGGAAGAGAUGGCAACUCAUUUAGGAAACCAUCUGAUCGUGUUGCAUAUAGAAACCAUGGAAACUUGAAUCCUCGAGAAAGGGUCGACUACAGUGAUGAUUUCUUUGAAGGUCAGAUUCAUUCUGAAAGAUUUGGUGUUGAUGUUAAUGCUGAGAGAAGACGAUUUGGUUAUAGACAUGAUAGUACCAGCUCAUUUAGACCAUCUUUUAAUAAUGAUGGUUGUGCACCUAGUAAUAUAGAGAAUGACAUUGAUGCUGUGAGGUUCGGACAGGACCCUCGUAUUAAAAGUGAAGAACAAGGGAGUUUGAUGGAAACUGAUGGUGAAAAUAAGAACUCAGCUGAGAAUGCAUCUGAAAGAAUUAAGAAUAUAGAAGAGGAGGAAACUACAAAGCAGAGUAAAAUUUGGCAACGGGAUGAGCUCGGUGGUGAUGGUUUUUAGAAUAAAGGUUAGUAUUCAAUUUACUUGAACCUUCUAAGACCAGGAAGAUAUAAGUGAUAGUGACUCAGGUAUCAAACGGAAGUUUUGUGAUUUUGCCACUGCCGUGACCAGUUAAUGGCUGAUGAUUGUUGAGAUUCCAAUAAAUGUUGCAAAGGACACUCUGCUCUAUCGUCCUUAAAAGUUUCAAAAUUGGCAAUUGCUUGGCUGUGUAUAUAUAGUACUUCUGUUGUGGUAUGAUCUUAGAUUUCGUUGCCUUUCUUGCUGUGAUUCAGAUUUCGGCCUCUCCUCUGCACUUUAUCACUGUCCAUGUUGAAGUUGCAAUGGGUAUACAACCUAAGGAAGAUGGUGUAAAUACACAUGGGAAUUUUUCAGGCUUCUCCACACUCAGUAAUCCUUAGCCGGCUUAAGUAGAACGUACUUGUCCAACACAUAUGAGCGGAGGAAUGAUUAGGAUGUUAGAAGAGACACUCUCCCUUUGUUAUAUAGGGCUCCGACUUUUCACCCGUACAAAUAUUCAGGCAGGAGAGACCUGCAGGUUUUGGACUCUUCGCUGAAGCAGUAGAGUGUUCUACUCGAAGUUGGACUUGCUAGAACCAUAACAACCCCAAUGCUGUGUAUGGUUGAGCUAUAAGUGUUAUUGGUUUAGAACAUUCACUUUCAUCUGCGAAGAACCAGAUGAUGGAUUCCUACAACAUGCCUUUAUUGCCCAAGAUGAUUAAUACACUGUACACAUCUUGGUGGAAUUUGAAAUGGUAGCUACACCAAGCUUGCUUGAAGUGCUGAACAGCCACUUAUCAGUUGAUAUAGACAAAAGGAAUGUGAGAAAUAUGGGCUAGUAAGUUCAAUAAUAUUGUUUCACGCAGUAGUGAUAUUUCUCACCUAUCAAGUUGAAGCAUGUACAGUUGGUUGAAUUGGAUUACUGGCCAUGGAAAAGAGCAAACUUGAAACGGCCAAAGGUAAACAACCUAUUUGAACCCAAUGGUCUGUUUGAUGGUUCCUUAUCUUUUUCCUCAUUCCAAGUGAGUUUGGAUUUCGAAGUUGCAUCUCAACAUCCCUUUGGACAAAUCCAGGGAAGGGAAUCUGUGAUUGAUCUUGUUGCUUUUCCAGGAAAGGUUCAUGGCACGGAGUUUCACCAGGUUUAAUCAGUAGAUGUUGCUAAUGAGGGGUUGAAGUGUUUGGAACUGGAAGAGGAAUCCAUAAUUUUUGAUUGGGGAAUGUGUGUGGGUGUUAACUUUAGUUCAUGAAUCUAAGUUUUAUAGAGGCUGAUGUUGUAAGAGUGAUGACGCUAUAGCAAUCAGACCAUCAACAUACAAGUCAUAUGAUGUUUUACAGAAAAUGUAAAAGGUGCCUUUGUACU